AGCAGGGCGUGGCGGAAGUGAGGGCGCGUCAUCGGCGUGCGCCGGGCGGGAGCGGGGACGCGGGGCAGCCGCCAUGGCCGGGAUCCUCUUCGAGGACAUCUUCGACGUGAAGGAUAUCGACCCUGAGGGCAAGAAGUUCGACCGUGUUUCCCGCCUACACUGUGAGAGUGAGUCCUUCAAGAUGGACCUUAUCCUGGACGUGAACAUCCAGAUCUACCCCGUAGACCUUGGGGACAAAUUCCGCCUGGUCAUCGCCAGCACCUUGUACGAAGAUGGCACCCUGGAUGAUGGCGAGUAUAACCCCACAGACGACAGACCGUCCAGGGCAGACCAGUUCGAGUACGUGAUGUACGGCAAGGUGUACAGGAUCGAAGGGGAUGAGACCUCCACAGAGGCAGCCACGCGCCUCUCUGCCUACGUGUCCUAUGGGGGGCUGCUUAUGCGGCUGCAGGGAGACGCAAACAACCUGCAUGGGUUUGAAGUGGACUCUCGAGUUUACCUGCUGAUGAAGAAGCUGGCCUUCUAGGAGACCUCCUGCUUCUGUGGGCUCCCCCAGAGACAUUCUGCUGGCGAGCAAACAGGAGCCCUUUGACCCCAAAUCCUGCCCCAGCUUCCGUGCUCCUUGGCCCGUCCAGAAAUGGGGAGGAGGGGGCAGCCCCCCUCCUCAUCCCAGCCUAUUCUGACUCCUGCUGGGGUCCACAGCCCCCUCCUGCAUGGAGAGAGGUGCCUGGCAGCUGAGUGGAGACUGUGCUGGGUGCUCCACAGUCCUCUGCUCCAAAAGCAGGCUCAGCCCUGGCUCUGGCCGGGGGCAGCGGGACUGGGACAGCCACCUGUCUGCCUCAGGGCUGCGGACUGCUUCCUAAGGAGCUGGCCUGAGGCAGGCCGGGCUUGUUCAUCAUUAAACUGGGAUGUGUUUUGUA